CUGAAGCCUAUUCUCUUGUGCAGCACUGUACCAUCUCUAGCUAUCAGCAGGGCACUCCAGUGAUCUGCUCAUGCCUAGCCUGAAGCGCAGCAGCUCAUCGGUUAUCAUCCUCGACUUCGCGUCCAAGAUGAACAUGGGCAACCUCAAGAAGGCGGCGGCCAUGUGCAAGAGCAAGACCGGCGUGCUCACGGCAAAGCUCCUCGUCCUCGCCUCGCUCCGCCGGAGGAUGGCCACGGUCGGCGCCAUCUCGCACAGGAUCCACGCGCUCAUGGUGGCAGCCGACUCAGGGAAGGACCUCGACAAGGCCCUCGUGCCGCGCAAGGCCAAGGCCGGCGGCGGGAAGCCGGUCGUCCUCGUCCGUCAUCGUAACGCCACUGAUAUCUCUGAUCAGCUGGCGCUGUUCCAUCAGGAAGAUGGCGACGGUGCCGACUGCCCUGACUGGUCGGUGCACUCCAUCUUCGACGACGAGAAUUGUUGCUACGCCGACGAGUACGAGGGCGACGACGAUGAUGACAGCGAGCUGCUGGAUGUGUGCGAAGAUGAGCAUGAUACCAACGAGCCGUCGGUCAUGGACGUGAUCAGGAGCAACCGGAAGGUCGAGGGUUUGGAGUUCAACGUGGACGACGAGAUCGACCAGGCCGCCGGCAUGUUCAUCACGAGGUUCCGGAACCGGAUGAACGGGAGCAUAUAGUUAUCUGCCUUGUUUUCCUCUUGCACUGACCGAGUGACAGUAGAUCGAUGGUGAGUGAGACCGAUUGAAAUCGGUAUGACUUAGUAGCUAUAGGGGUGAAAAAUGACAUGGCUAUUUUUCGAAAA